CUGUUGUGAAUGUGUGUGCGAAUGUGGUUGUCUCGCCCGAUGGCAGACUGGAGGACUCAUUUGUUUUUGUUGUCCGUGGUGCGUGACGUCAUCUUGAUAACUCGCUCCCUCCCCCCGUCAAUUCUUUUUUGUCGGAUCCCGCAGGAAAAAAAAUUGUUUUUCAAUCCGAACGUUGGGUGAAGAUUUUAACGAGCACGUUUUUCUUUUUUUUUUUGCGUUACAACUAGUGUCGAGUGUUAAGUCACCAUGGUCAACAAAGUUCAUUUAGCUAGAAAUGAUAGCUGUUGAAUUAUGAUGCGAACGCAGUGACGAUGCACUCGGUCGACCAUUUCGGAUGUUCCAGUGAUUUUUUGUUCGCAUCAUAACCUUCCCUGGCGGCGAUUUUUCCAAUUAAAAAACCAAAAAACCAAAAACGGAAGACGUACACAAACAAUUGUUCUCUCUUUCUGUGUUCCAAGAAACGCGAAUAAUAUGAUGGAUUUUGAGAAGAUGGAGAGUUCCAGGAAUUGCGUCGUGAUGGAUGACGGACCAGUUGAUGGCACCCCAGAUUCGCCGAUUGAUUUGAGCCAACUUUCGACCAGGUGCCGUAGCGUCGACCUCACCAACCGAUCCGUAUCCGAAAGCUGUUUGGCACCUGCGGCGGCUGUUGCCGCCAAAAAACGAAGGAUUCACGGAUUUAAAGAUCCCCUUCCGCCGCCGGCCUUGGCCGAGCACAGCGCUGCCGAUUCGCUCAAAUAUCGAUCCAUGUCUCACGCCGAUAUUGCCGGAUACAGGACGCCCUGGUUAUCGGGUGAUUUGCCAGAGUCGAAACCUGCCAAUUUAUCCGCCCCCGCGGAGAAAUCGACUGCCACCUCAUCCGCCUCGGCGGCCGAGACGUUAAAAUUCCGAUGCAUGAGUGAAUCACGACUGGCCGGGUCGGGCAACACGACCUUUCAUCCGGCAACACACUCAGGGAACAGCUCGUCGUCUAGAAAGCAUUUUACGAGCAAUUCGGACCUUCUCCGAACGGCCACUGAUAACAGUCAACUGGAAUUCCUUUUGCGACGGACAGCCUCUGAAUCUGUCCUUCCAUCCAGCAGGUCAGGAGAGCCGGCCGGAUCUGCAGCCAUGGAGAUGUUGAUGCGACAACAGCAGAUGAUUCAGCAUCACUAUCAACAAUUGCUGGUGCAGCAACAGCAAGAUGGAAGCGAAGCGGGCAGUUCGAGUAGUUCGUCUUCGUCAUCUUACCUGUCGUCAGCAUCACCUUGGCUCCUCGGGCUUUUUGGCUACGGUUACACGCAGAUGCUGCAAUCGUUUCAAGCCGCACAGCAACAACAGAUUGCCACCGAUCCAGCAACCGGUUCCGGACAGAUUUCGGGUGGGCCGAGCUCACCGGCUGUCGCGGCAUCCAUCAGCGGAUCGGACGGUGAAGGCGAGAUGGAAGAGGAGGACAUGGACGCUGGCGGGUUCUCUCACGGCAAGAAACGCUCACCUCGAGCUCUGACGGGCAAACACGUCAAGCUGGGCACUGGAGCUAGCCCCACGACGUUGAACACGUUACGGCUGAAAAUUCAGGAGCGUCAACGCAUGAAACUCGUCAAGAAAUCUAUUCCGUCUGGGUCGGCUUUCGCAUCCGCUGCGGCCGCUAAAAAGAAUGGAACAAAACUCAAGAGUCGAGCCAAGUAGCGAUAACAACAUCAAUGUUGUGAAGGGGGGGGAUGGGAUGUUUCGGAAAUUCAGGGUGAAAACAUUUGGCGUUUUCUUUUGUUUCAUUUUUUUUUUGUCAUAUUUAUCGAGUUGAAAAAGAAAAAAAAAAAAUAUUAAAUUGAAUUCCAGUAUGGCGUUCCGCUAUAUCUCGAGUCUUCCGGAUCAAAGUGGCCAAUUUAUUAUUAUAUCUUUUUGUUGUAUAUCCUCAUUUUUUUUUUUUUUUUAUUGUCCGGAAUUAAUGGCUUUUCACAAUUCGAUUUUUUCCAUGAGAAAAAAUGUAGACCCUUAAUGAAGAACCCAGUCAUUCCAGCUCAGUCUACGACAAAAAAAAAAAUGCAGAAAACUUAUGUUGAUAAAAAAAAGGGGAAAGAAACAAAACAAGUUGAAUCAACCAAUCAAAAAAUCUCUUUUCUUACCUUUUUUUUUUUUUUGCUUGUUUUGUUUAAUUAAAAAAAAAAUGUUGAAAGACGGACUAUCCAGUGACGUAGAUGAGAAUCUAAAACAGUACUUUUUUGUUUUUCUUUCUUUUUUUGUUAAAACAAAAACAAAAAUUUGCCUCAGGAUGUCCAUAAAGUUUUUAAGAGCCCGCCGAUCUCAUUUUUUGUUUUUUUUUUCGAUCCCGUUGAAUCAUUAGAUUCCCAAUAUGAUUCGGCGAUUUAUCUCUUGUACGCGUAUUGUGUAAAAAAAAAAAAAAAAAAAAAGGAAUUGUGGAUCAUUUUCUAAUAUUUUUCUUUUCUCGGCUCAUCUGCAAAAAUUUCGCAUCGAAAAAGUGCGCCAUGCGGACCAAACAUAAAAAAAAAAAAAUGUCUGAAUUGUUUUGUUUUUUUGCGUUCCCACAUAAACUGUGUCUGUAAAGAAAAUUACUGCGCCUCAUGUUAUUUUCCAUUUGUCACGCUGGCGUUGCUGUAUAACUGUGUGUUCAACUAUCAAUAAGCGAUUGGGAAAUGUCUGUACAGAUUUCUUGCGCCAUGAAUACAUUUCCAACUGUUCCUUUUAAAUAGAAAAAACAAACAAAAA